AUAAAAUGGGUUACAAAGAAGAGAAGAAAGGAGAUGAUGUCUAUCUCAUUCCAGAGGACGAGCAUACUCAUACCUUAAUAUGGCUUCAUGGACUCGGAGAUACAGCAAUGGGAUUUCAUGAUGUCUUCACUGAUACAAAGAAUAGCUUUGUUCCGGAAACUACCAAAGUUGUGUUAUUGACUGCUCCGAAUAGAGCAGUUACCAUCAACAUGGGAAUGGAAAUGCCUGCCUGGUUUGACUACCUCAAGCUUUCAAUCAAAGGCAUCCACGAUUGUGUAGAGUUUGAGCAUGUUCAAGAAAGUAAAGAAAGAGUCAACGCAGUAAUUGAAGAAGAAGUGGAAGCUCUUGAUGGAGACUAUAAAAAGAUUUUGAUCGGUGGGUUUUCACAAGGAGCAGCCCUCUCUUUGUAUACUGCACUUGAACAUCCUAAAGAAUUGGGAGGUGUAGUUUCAUUUAGUGGCCAUCAGCUUUAUAAUAAAGUGAAGGAUGUGAAUGAAGAAAAGAAAACCCUGCCUAUUUUCGCAUAUCAUGGAGAGAUGGAUCCUACUCUAAUAUUUUUCCUUGCAUUCCCAUUUUAUCAACAACUUAAAGAAGCAGACUUCAAUAUCCAAUGAGAUUCUGAAAGUGCACUUGGACAUAGCUUGAGUCUGAAAGAAUUGGAGCUUGCAAAGUCAUUCAUAUCGGCAAUCUUGUAACCAGAGCAUGUUCAAUAUAUCAAGAA